AUGACUUGGGUGUUAAUGCAUCAGCAGGCUCACUCUGGUAUUUUUCAGCUUCUCCCUCUAGGCCUCCGUGUUCAGGAUAAGAUAGAAAAGCUGAUCGAUAAACAUAUGCACUCAGUUGGUGCAUCGAGAUUAUCUCUGUCAACCAUUUCAUCAGAAGAACUGUGGCGAAAGAGUGAUCGUCUUGAAUCUGUUGCGCCGGAGCUUUUCCGACUCAAAGAUCGUAAAGAUACUCCGCUGAUAUUGUCGCCCACACACGAGGAGGAGAUCACCACGCUUGUCGCCGGAAUCGUCAAUUCAUACAAGGACCUCCCAAUCCGACUUUACCAGAUCACCCGAAAAUACCGUGAUGAGCGUCGCCCUCGCCACGGUCUUCUGCGCUCACGGGAGUUCCUGAUGAAGGAUCUCUACACUUUCGACCUCACAACACUUGAGGCUGUGGAGACCUAUCGUCAAGUGUCUGCAGCAUACCGCGCCUUCUUUGAUGAGCUAAAACUCCCAUAUCUUGUGGCCGAGGCAAGCUCUGGUGAUAUGGGCGGUGACUUGAGCCAUGAAUAUCACUUGCCGAGUUCUGUCGGAGAAGAUACCGUGGUAAAUUGUGACUCUUGUGGCUAUACGGCUAACGACGAAGUCGCUGCUCUCCGGCCCCCCUCUCCGGCAUAUGAUAGUUCGGAGAGCCCUCCGGCGUCCAACUUCCGUGUUUGGCGAGGCAUCUCUAAGGACCGAAAAACCUUGAUCAAUGCUUGGUAUCCUCGACCAUCGGGGACCUCUGCAGAAAGUGGUCUCAAUCUUCAUGCUGUCAAAUCAGCUGUCCCUGAGCUGGAUGCCACUAUUGAGGAUCCGUUGCCACUUUGGGGAGUAUCAUUGGAGAGCGGAACGACAAAAGUGAUCAAUGUUGUUGAUGGAAGACUUGUACCGGCAUUUGAAAGGGUUCGCGACCAGUUGCCGUUGUUACCCAAAGAUCUUCAACGAUUCCAAUCUGAGUAUUCAACAAUUGGCAGUACAGCCUCUGGUGGCGGGCUGAAUUUGGCACGUAUCAUUGAUGGCGAUGCCUGCCCUCGAUGUGAAGAUGGCGCAUUAAAAAUCCAUCGUGCUUUAGAAUGCGGCCACACAUUCCAACUUGGAACUCGCUAUUCAGUACCACUCGAUGCCUGUGUCACUUUACCACGCUCGGGGAUUCCGGCGACAGCUGCGGAAGAGGGACUGGCCCCAGGGAGUCGCAUUCCUCUACAAAUGGGCUGCCAUGGCGUUGGCAUUUCGAGAAUCUUUGGUGCUGUUGCAGAGAUUCUCGCGGACGAGCAAGGACUGAAUUGGCCCCGAGCCAUUGCACCGUUUGAGGUUGCGAUCAUAUCUACACCAGACUUAGCCGAAGACUCUCUGAGAAUUUACGACUUGCUUGCCGCGGGCGACAAUUCGCGUAAUAGCUUGGACGUUGUUCUCGAUGAUCGCCAGCGUUCAUUUGUCUGGAAGAUGAAAGAUGCCGAUAUAGUAGGGUUUCCUGUCUUGGUUAUCAUGGGAAGAUCUUACAAAGAGAAUGGAACUUGCGAGGUUCAAUGCAGACGACUUUCGAUCAAGGAAACUGUAAAGGUUGACGCUCUGCCAGAAUUCAUCUCAAAUUUAUUGAAUCAGCUCUAA